AUAUACACGCGCGUCGCGAUCAAAUACCAAAACAAAUAAAACACAACCAUAUUACUCUCAUAAAUAAAGCUAAAAAUACUUAUUGUAUUAUACCUAUGCAUAGCUGUAUGUGCAGUGUGUGAUUUAUUACUCUGUGCUUUGGAGAUAUGUGAUUGUUAUAAGUCAGUUUUUGAUUCCAACUUUGAAAAUUACGAACGGCGAUGCAACGGUAUUGGUGACCUACUUUGUGUGGUUUUAGUGCAGCGUGACGUCAUCGCGUGUAGUGUUCGAAAUUUGAAAUUCGCAACAUAUAAUUCAAAUUUCGAUUGUUUAGUGAGAACGAAUUUAUAUUUGGAAGUAGUUUCCAGAUGUGAUAGCAUCCUUAUGACUGUAUCAAUAAAGAUCAUAUUACCACAUCAAAUAUAGAUAAUACAAAGCUAGUGUCCUACCGUACUAUGAAAAUAUCACUUGUGUCGUAUGAGGACCACAACCCUGGCGUCAAUACGAUCCGUGCCGGGGGAACCGCCCCGAUCCACAGCCUACUAUUACGCGGACUUGGAGCGCCUGAAGAAGCAUGAGCCCAUCAGCCAGGACUCCCCCAAACCCCAAAACCCUGAUGAAUUGAGCGAGUACGUAGAAUCCAACGAGGUCUUCAACGAUGGAGCGGUCAGGGAAGUGCCCCCGUUCCGGGAUAGGGUCCGGCAGUUUAGUCUCCCAGAGUAUACCACGCCUGAUGCUAGAAAACCUGGAGAGACCUACUCCACAGCUGGGACCUUUCCAAUGCCGGAGCCGAAGGAGAAGGAACCUCUGCUUGCAGAAUUGGAGGUGGUUGGAAGACUGCCGUUGACGCAGUUGGAGACGACGGGAGUUAGAAGGAGUAGGAGCUGGUAUUUGUGCUGUCCAAAUGUACCAGAUGAGGAGAUGUCGAGGGAGUCUUCGUGGAGAUACUCGAGUUUGAGGCCAGUGACUGCUCCGCCUAUGCCAGGCCAGAAUGGGAUAUUGGUCGCAACCCAGAGCAGCGGACGAGAAGACUUAACAAGUGUUCGCGCUGAGCGUGACGCCCUCGCUCGGGCGCUCGCCAGCGAGCGGCAGCGGGCGGCGGCGGCGGCGCGCGCCCACGACGCCCGGCUGGCGGAGCUGCACGGCGUCAUAGCGGAGCUGGUGCGGCGCCGGGCGGCGGACAAACACGCCAGGGCCAUACCCGAGGAGGAAGGAUCGGACGAGUGUGAAUCUACGACCCAGCCUGCCGGGGAGCUGGACAACGACGCGGACAGGUCACGCACUGAGCAGAAUGACACAUCAUCAGCUCUGAGUCCGGCGGAGCUGCCGACUCCUCAGGAGCGCGUGGAGCCGAGGGAACUGCCUGAUGACACCACGGAUACCAGCGACGCGAACAGGAUGGAGCAGCCUCGAGUGGAAGUGUCACCGCCGCAGCAUCCAGACAACCACUGCGACACCAGCGUCAACCUCUCUGAGAGAGACUCGGAGGUGUGCCUGAGUACCGCCAGAUGUUGUCAGCGUGCACGUCACAGCGCCAGCAGCUGCGAGCGCGAGCACGGUUCCCCGGAGGCGCAACUCUUCGCAGCUUCACCAGGUCGCUGCGAGUCAAGGCAGGCGAAACUUGCAUCGAGAGUCCGGCUGAGACGGACUGGGGACUUGGAGUCCAGCGAACCAGCGGACGAAGAGUCAUGGUGGUACGGAGACAUGGAGCGAGCUGCGGGGGUCACGGGGGCCCCGGGGGUCACGGGGGUCACGGCGGUCCCGGCGGCUGCGGGGGCUGCGCUGGCGGCCUGGCGCGCGCGCUGCCUGCGGCUGCACGCCGACUGCCGCCUGCUGCACGCCGCGCUGCACACCGCCAGGGACACCGCGCACCGGCUGUACAGCGCGUGCUCGGUGCAGGAGUCGUCGUGCGUGUCCCUGUGCGAAGCCCUACGCGCCGCGGACCGCGCCCUGGAGGCCUACGACGUGCUGCUCGCGCUCGCGGAGACCGCACACGGGGAGCACGGACAGGAGCGUGAAGCAGCGGAGCUGGUAGCUGGGCAGCUUCUGCAGCGGUUAGAUGAGGAGCAACCGGCCACCAUUGGGGAGCCGCUGCUCUCCCCCGGACCCUGGCUGCAGCAUCAGCACCAGCAGACACAGUGCGCGUCGUCCGCGUGGGGGCCGCCACAGGAGGCGCGGCUGAGGGCACACGCGGCCGCACUCAAGGCAGCCACCGCAGCACUGCGGGCGCACCACCCGCCGCCCAGACUGUACUCGUACCACGAUAUCGACGAGGAAGACAUACCAAAAUCUCUAGGCAACUUCAGCAUGGACGAGAUUGAAGAGGCAGUCAUGUUGCAGGAGGUGCUGGCUGCGAGGGAGAAGAUCGCCUGCGCCCGAGCCGGCGGCGAACUGCUCGAGUCGCUGCCGACCGAACUACUGCUCGACAGACAGCGGCCGGACUCCGACACCGACCACCACAAGGACCACAAGAGUGAGUCGAGCCGUAGGAGACGCCGCGAGCGACACUGGCUAGAGACAGAAGCGUCCGAGACUGAUCUCUAGGGUCUCAAGCAAUCGGCAGCUCCAUAUCAAGACGUCUCCAUUCUCAGCGAGAUAUGUUAGGGUUUGCAGUGAGAAAUAUCUCAAGUUAUUGAGCAAUUUAUCAUGUAUAUAGAUAAUGGAUUGAGGAAUAUUUGAUUGAUAUGUACAAUAAUAUUCUCAGCAAGUGUUAGGGUCUCAAGAAAAAAUUCUCAGCAAGUGUUAAGGUCAUAAGAAAAAAAAUCUCAACAAGUGCUACGGUUCUCAACAAUUGUUAAGGUGUUAAGAAAAUAUUGUCUGCAAGUAUUGAGAGUCUCAAGAAAAAUUUUCAGCAA